AUGUCGCUGGCCAACAAGAGACUGUUCUCGGACAUACAAGAUUUUGGAAUAACGCAAAAGUGUGCCUUAAUUAAUGCUUUCUGGCCUCAUCUGAACAUUUCGGAAAGUGACUACUUCGAAGACGAAUAUACAGCUUUGUUUGGUUACUGGGGAGAGGUUCUGAAAAGCCUGCGCCCUUUUGGUCACGAGUUCGCGACAGAAGAGUGGGAUGGCAUGCUUGCUAUACUCACCCAGUUGAGCUUUGGUAGGGAUACAAAGAAAGAGGUACUGGUGUCAGAUUUCAAAAAGAAACAUCAGAAUAUUGGCGAUAAAGCUAUCGCGUGCUCUGUCGAACUCGCGGUUCGUCUUUGGAUAGGUAUCAACGUGCGCUCCAAAGGACUAUUUGUUGGACCAGAAAAGUUGAAAGUGUCUUACAUCCGAUGGCAAAACGAUCAAUCACUGAAAGAGACGGUUGCUGCACCAUUCAUAAACAACAGAAGGAAAGCACGUUCAGCGUCGAUAUUCCUGUUCGACGAUUCGUUCACAGCUGUGGGUCUUAAGGACAUAUGUCGAUUGGAAAUACUUUGGACCGAUAAUCUAGCGGACCAUCUGAGACUACAUGGGUCUCGGGGAGAACGCCAAUUGUCAAUCUACAAACAUAAAAUCUGCCUGAUAAACCACCGAAAAGAACCCGAACCAAUGCUCAUUCCAAAGGAUCUUCUAGAUGAGACCAUUUGUACCCUCGAUCUCCUAUUCCCCGAGGGCGACGAACCAACAGAGACCUUCUUGAACGACGAGAAGGUUCAGAUGUGGAUAGCGAACUCAAUUGACAUACCUCAAGCGAUUGAACUUGAUGACUUUGAGUUCUGGAGGAGUCGUUUGUCACAACUGCUGAGUUUGUUCUAUGGACCUCCGGAGACUGUACGUCAAACCCUACUGGAUAGAAGAAAUACUGCCCAAUUCGCAACCAUAUGGGUCACCAUUUUCGGAGUGUUCUUCUUGACGAUCCUCUUUGGCGUCCUCUCGACGGUCUACUCGGCCAAGCAGUACAAUGUAGCUGUCGACUCGUACAAGCUUGCCCUUGCACAAGCAUGUCAACAAAUAUCCCCACCAUUACUAGGAUACUGCACAUAG